CUAUACGAGCUUUAGAUUCGGGAAGGGCUGGACCGUGGCCAGGGGUCGGCCCCCUAGAUCCGCCGCUGGUUGGAACUAGCACCCAUCGCUUCUCUACACAGAAGAGGUGAAGAUAAGUCAUGAAUAAUGACGAGUCGAGUCAGCUUUCAAUGCUUUCUUUUCGUGUGACCUAUUCCAGAGAUGUUAUCGUUUCUCCUUCAUCCUCAAUCGAACUCCAGACAACAUCGAUCACAAUUUCUUCUAAUAUAGAAAAUGUUAUGAAGUCUUUUAUGUUAAUGCAUUAUAAAAAAACACCAAAAGAGAAACACGUUGGAAAUUGAACAUAAGCAGAGAAGCUGACGUCUCCAAAAUUGAAUACGAUCUCUGCAGCCUUUCAUUAGCUACCCAACAACAGGUAAUUCAUUGCAAAAACACAGCAUCUAUAAGAACCCCGAGAAGGCCAUCGCCAUCACCAGCCAGUAAGCAACAAUUCACGCCAUUACGAGAAGGAAAAAAAAGUAUCAGAAAUGGAGGUCAGAAUCGUAUCCAGGGAGCUAGUCAAGCCAUCUUCCCCUGAAACCGUAAAAACGAAACCUCCACACAAGCUCUGCCUCUUCGACCAGCUCUUCACUUAACCUACACACCACUCAUCCUCUUCUACGUCAACCCUCAAACCCCAAAUCUCCGAUCCACCGAUCGCUUCAUCUCCCACCUGAAGCGCUCUCUUGCCGAGACUCUGACCGUCUACUACCCUUUCUCCGGCAGGACGAAUUCGGGCAAUUUGCUCAUAAACAUGUUUGGGGAAGGCCUCCCGUUCAUCCAUGUCAAGGUCGACAGAUGCCGCCUUUCCGACUUCCUCAAACUCCGUGAACCGGAAAACCUCAACUGUCUCCUCCCUCGAGCUCCCUUCCGUCGAGAAAGCGUCGAAUUCGACUCCCCUGUUUUGGAGAUGCAGGUCUCUGUUUUCGCCUGCAGCGGAAUCGCCCUCGGAUGGGCCGCUUCACACAAAUUGAUCGACGGAUUCACUAUGAUAUCAUUCCUCAAGGCCUUCUCCGCCGUCACCCGCGGCGGCAGGGAGAGGGCGGAGUUCCUCUCCUCUGCCCCGCCCUGUUUCGGUCGGGCGGCGGAGCUGUUCCCGCCGAGGGAAGCUUUCCCUGAAAACUACCGCAAUCUGAUGGAAACCCUCUGGUUUAUAAAAGGAAACUACGUGACCCGGCGAUUCAUUUUCGAUUCCGAGUCGAUUUCGAAGCUGAGAGCCGUAGCAUCGGCGGCGGGAGGAAAAACAGAGCAAGAACAGGGGAAGGAAAAAAUCAAGCUGUCGAGAGUGGAGGCGGUGUCCUGCCUCAUAUGGAAAUCGAGCAUGGCGGCUGCCAGAUUGAUCUCCGGCGGCAAACCCAGGACCUCGAUUCUCGUCGAGGCGGUGAACCUGCGGGACGUGACGGACCCGCCGCUCGUCGGCGGCGACACGAUCGGGAACGUGUUCUGGCUGGCAACGGCGUGGGCGGACAAAUCGAACGUCGUUGACCUGCCGGAGCUGGCGGAGAAUCUUAGCGGAGCGAUUGAGCUGUACAGGAGCGAGUACGUGAAAUUGCUUCAGGGGGAGGAAGGGUUUGAAGCUUUGUUCGGGUUCUUCGAGCAGCUGGAAGGGCUGUUCGAGGCGGAGACGCCGGACAUUCUGGCGUUCACGAGCUGGAAUGGGUUCGGGGUGACGGGUCAGGAUUUCGGGUGGGGCGACCCGAAGUGGGUGGCGGUGAUGGGCCGGCCCAGCCCCGGGUUCAGGAAUCUGACAGUGCUGGUGGAUUCGGUGGACGCAGGAGGGAUGACAGAAUUGAAGAACAGCAAAUCCAUAUGGAAGAAGGAUUGCAGAAGAAGAAGAAACGAGGAAGAAGAAAUGAAGUCGUUUCAGUAGAGUUUCUAUUCCUAAAGGUGCUGCGACACCGUUUCUAUUAUUGUUGAGUAUUAGCCGUUAAAACACUGUUAGUGUUUAAACUCAGCCAGUGUCAUACAGACACUUGGCAACUACCUGUAAUCCCAGAUUAUGAGCUGAUAUAAAAGAGCAGAGCAGCA